GUCUUCCCCUGCAUCUCAAAUCCUCCACCCCUGGUAUCCUCUUCCUCCAGCUCUCCUGGUGUUCUCGCUGCCCGCAGAGACAGGUGAAAAGAUCGGUCUGGGGAUCAACUCUAUGUUAGCUAUGAUGGUGUUCCUGAUGGCCAUGACGGAGAACCUCCCUCCCACCGAGGACCUUCCCCUGGCAGGUGUGUACUAUGGGGUGUGCCUCAUCGUCUUGACCUUCAAUAUUCUGUUCUCUGUGUACGUGCUCAACCUGUCCUAUUCGGGUGACCGAGGUUAUCCAGUGCCACUCUGGUUCAGGUAUUGGACGGUGUUUUGUGCCCGGAUGGUGAGGAUGAAGAUACCCAAGUUUAUAGUCGGCGCCUGGAACCUGGAUGAGAACCUAAGGAUAAGGAAGGACCAAGUGGAACCCUUAAGUGAUGAUGACGACGAUGAAGACGUAAAGAAAAACUUUGAUGUACGAGUUAUCAAAGUGAACCCCGCUACCAUCGAGGAGAAAACGGACGUGUUCAAGGACCCGUUUCAGCGCCGCUCCAUAGAGGCUUUAGAAGGGAUUCAUCGGCUACUGUCAAAAGAAGCCACAGAUCAUAAGGCUCAGCUUAAGAAGACAUCACUGAUGGAGCAAUGGAGGUACCUCUCCCGAGUCAUGGAUCGCUUCCUUUUCAUCCUCUUCGGCAUUGGGACUCUGCUCUUCAAUACUAUCAUUCUCACUCAGUCACCAUUUGGAGAAAAGUUUGAGUACUGUCCCCACGGGUUUGGCAUGUGCUCUGACGACUACAGCUUCGACUCCUCGUCAUCAGAGGCAGGUCACUUCUAGUCAUCUCCACCUUUCACAUCUCAAGGCAUCCAGUGAUUGGUUCUUCGCUUCAUGAUGAUAGCCAGUGUUCCUCCCACAUACGAGUAUAACAUACAAUCUGAAAUCUAAAACAGCUUAGCCUAAAGUGAUGUAGAUAUUAGCUGAGAUCAAGGCAGUUGGUGGCCAUUUAACACAAAUCAUAAUGCUGACAUUGCACAGUCGCCUCUUGUUGAAAUUGCUAGGAUAUAACCAAAGAAUUCCCUGAUUAUCACUUUCCUUGAUUAUUCAUGCUGGAGAUCAUGGAAAUCACCUAUUAUGGAUAGGAUGACCUUAGAAAUUUUAUUCGUGACUAGAAAGGUCACUGAAGAAUUUGGAAAACCAUUUGAAUAGUUUAAUGAUACAGAGUAACAGCCAUGGAGAUAUCAAUGCACUGAGACUCAGGGCCAUAUGGAGUCCAUCAAGCUGAUUAAGUCAUUAGAAAAUUAAGAUCAUUGAAGGUUAGACCAUGUAAUUUACGUCGUGACAAAGGAUUAAUUUCAAAGACUACGUACACUGAGGCAAAGGGUUUUGGACAUUAAACAAUAUGGAGGAUUAAAUUAUGGAGUAAGGACCAUUAUAAGUGAUGCAAAAAUAUUUUUUCUAGACAGGCAGAAAAAAGCAAGUCAAGCUUAAAAUAACAAUAAAAAAUACUUCAUCUUUAAUAUUCGAAUUUUUUGUUAUAAAGGAAUUUUGAGACCUGCCAGGCAUAAGAGGCAAUGUUUAAGACACCAGAAACUAAAUUUUGAGGGAUAAGUAUGCCAGCAUAAACCCUCAAAAGAUAUGUACUUUGCACCAACUGCAAAUAUAGAUACUGUACUCAACAGUGCUGCAAGUUAGGUUGUGGAGAAUAAGCAGCAUAGAGAUUUUUAACGAUGAGAAUUAUUUGGAGAAUAAAAUCCACUGAGAUUUAUAUUAUGAGAAUCUAGCUUCAUGGACAUUCAGAUCAAACACCAUGAUGGGUUGUAUUAUCAGUAUGAAAAGUAACAAACGUGGAAUGACAACCUAUUAACGAGUCUCCUAAACAGUGACUGCCUAUGUAUCAAGGACCCCUAUACCUUAAUGAAACUUUGGGGUCUCAAUUCCCCAUGGGCCCCAUAUGGUAAAAAAUUUACUUACCAUAUACUGUAGUCGUGAGUCACUUGUUCAUUUCUUCUUGGCAAGAUUGCAGUUGAUAUCUCAUGAAUGCAUGACCAGCAGGAAAAUAAUGAAACUGAUGGAAGACCAGAUACCGCGAGACACUAUGAUACACACACUGUUAGUAAACAAAGGCAGCCGUGGACUCGUGGGUACUUCUGGGAUAUAGAGUUUAACCCUGCUAUAAACUAUGUUCAAGUGAUACGAUUAAGAGGACUCGCAGUAUACAGUAUGUACCACUUUUAUUUUAAUAGAAAAGUCUUAAUACAGUAAAGUGGAAGGUCUAAGGAAUACAAAUCAACUCACUCAAGAAAUUAUGAGUGGAAUUAAUUAUAUAUGUGAGGCCAUGACUAGUAAUUGUGUAGUGUAUGGUUGCUAAUCAAGCUACAAACACAAGGGGAAUAUUACAUUUCACAGGUUUUCCAAGAAUAAAGAGAUGGGUUUACCACUGCAGAAGGCAAGAUUCCAUUAAUGUUAACAGGGCAGUGAUAUGUAGUGUGCAUUUUAAACAUAGUGGGUUUGAGAGAAAUUUGAACAAUUCAGUCAACCAACACUAAAAUGUCAAGUAAGAUUUAAGGGGCUAUCACACUGGGCAAAUUUUCGCAUUGCCUCCAAAGAAAAUGCGAGUUCCCAAGCAAAUUUUCACUGCAUUUCGGGUCCAGUUGAAGUUUUAUAAUAUUUAUAAUUGAAAGGCAUUGAUUUUAUUGAAACAAUAUAUUAGCAAAUAAUUUUAAGUGACUUUCAUGCAAGUAUAUUAAAUACAUACAAAUGAAAAUUACAGAUAACAUUUCAUUUGACUUUUGUUAGUGCAGCCAGCAUGAAUUCUCAAACCUCACAAAUUAUUUGGACAAGGGGGUCUGAAACUCCCCAUAUUGAUAAAGAGAGUGAAUGCAGAGUAUUGCAGGAUUUCAGAAUCUAUUAUCUCGAGAAAAGCUUGAAACGACAACUCUUUUGGACAACCCACCAUCUUCGUUAUUGUUUUGUUCAGUGAUGGCGAUACACGAACUGUGCUAAAACUGUCCAUGACUGGAAAAGUUUUUCCCCCUCCAAGAAUGAAGAUGUGAGAAUGGCAAAAAUUUUGCCUAAUGUAAUAACUCCUUAAGGAAAGAUAAAUCCCAACACUGCAAUUACCUGCAACACGGGUAAGACCAUUAAAGAUGUGGUAUGACCGUACAAUUUUAAACUAGUAUUAUAACUCGUGUUAUGCAAAAAAUAUUACUCUGUCCAAUUUAAUUAUACUGUACAUGAUAUAUGAGGAAUGGUGUAAUAUGAACACGAUGAGUGGUUAUGCUCUCUUUAAACUAGAGAAUAAUAGUGUAAAAUGUUGUUUACAAUUUGAUUACAUAGCCUAUUGAGGUGCUUGUGAUCCUUAAGUACUACACUUCACAAAUUUCAGUUUAGUGGUGUGUUCUCUCCCUUUGAUGCCCAGUACAUAAGUACAGCAUGCCCUGACAAUUUGCAGAUUUUUAAUUCGCGCUUUAUAAUUAAAGUUAACUUUAAUAACAAAGCACAGAGUUGACUUGGGGGUAGACUCUCACACUUUUAAUACAUUUUUGUGGUCUUGUUUCUGAUUAUUUGAGAGAAUUUUCCCAUUACCGUACGUAUUAUAUGUUUGUAUGUGUUUUGUGUCUGUUUCUACACA